AUGGUUGAUUCACUUUUUGAUGUUCGAAAUAAUUAUUAUCUUGGAGCAUAUCAACAAUGUAUAAAUGAAGCACAAAUUGUAAACUGUAAAACAGACGAGGAACGCUUAAAAAAAGAUUAUUUUCUUUAUCGUGCCUAUAUUGCAUUGAAAAAAUCUUCAAUUCCGUUGUCUGAAAUUAAUUCAAAUUCUGGACCUGAACUUGUUGCUCUACGUCGACUUGCUGAAUAUUUUAAUAAUGGUGAAAAAAGAUCUGAAAUUAUUCGCCAAGUUACCAGUGAACUCGAACAGGUAGACUCUGAAGGAAAUGAAUAUGUCAACUUAAUAAAUGCUACAAUAUUUCUUCAGGAAGAUGUUCGUUUUUUUUUAGAAAUUUCAAAAUUUCAGGAUGCUGAAAAUGCUCUUCGCUUUAUUAGCCGUAUUUCUGAUCAAACUUCUCUUGAGUGUUUAUCAAUGAAAAUACAAUGCCUUUUAAAAUUGUGGCGAAUUGAUUUAGCUUUGGCAGAAUUGAAAAAAAUGCAAGAAGUUGAUGAAGAUGCAACUAUUGUACAAUUGGCAACUGCUUGGGUUUAUAUGGCUAUGGGAAAAGACAAGAUCAAGGAUGCAUUCUACAUUUUCCAAGAAAUGGUUGACAAAUACGGAGCAACUCCAACAUUGCUAGUGUCUCAAUCUUCAUGUCUUAUACAGCAACAAAAAUAUGAAGAUGCUGAAAAAUUGCUCAUGGUAUUUUUAUUUUUUAAAGAAGAUUUCUUGAUUGGGUUGACCAAACGAAGACCCUUAAAUUUUCGUAGUUGUGGGGGCUUACCUGAGGAAUUCCAACCACGGAACGACCAAUUUUUUAAAAAUAUUCAGAUUUUUCAAAACAUUCCAAUUUUUAAAUUAUUCCGUGUUUUGGUCGUUUGUGAUUUGGUAUUCCGUGAAUUGUCCGGGCAGGGAGAUAGCCCGACACUAAGUUCUCAUAAGUUCUCAUCUCACACACUAAGUUCUCACAUUUUAACAUUUGAAUUUUUUAAGGAUGCCCAACAACGUGAUCCUAACAAUCCUGAAGCUUUGAUUGGACUUUUUGUUAUUGCUCAUUUCUUAGGAAAGCCUAUUGAGGUUUCAAAUCGUUAUAUGAAUCAACUAAAACAGGAUCAUCCAACACAUAUUUGGACAAAAGAUUUUAUUGCAAAGGAACAAGAAUUUGAUCGUUUAAUUUUUAAAGGUUUCAGACGUUUAAAUAAAAAUUUUAUUUUAAUGGAAGAAAUUGUAAACAAAGUUGUUGACAAGGUUUGUGAAGAGGAUGCUGACAAUGAGGGUAAGAAGAUAGGAGAAGAAGGAAAUAAAAAACCUGGAGAAGAAGAGGAAAGAUUUGUGGAAGGAGGAGGAGAAGGAAGAUUUGAAGAAGUAAAUGGAAGACAAAAAGAGGAAGAAGAAAAGGAGGAGGAUGGGGAGGAAGGGGAAAUAUUUGAAGAAGAAGAGGAGGAAAAGAAGGAAGAUGAAGAAAAAUUGGACGAAGAGGAAAAGGUGGGAGAAGUAAAGGAUGGACAAAAAGAAGAAGAAGAGCAUAAUGAAGAGGAGGAGCAAAAUGAAGAAAGAGAAGAUGAGGAAGAAGAAUGUGAAGAGAUUGAAAUAAAAAGGGAAGAUAAUGUAGAGGAUGAAAAAUUUGUUGAAGAAGAAAAGGAAGAGGAAGAUGUGGAGAACAAUUUAGAAAUUGAAGAAGAGGAGGAGGAAACAACGGACAAUGUGAAGGAAGAUGAUUAUUCUUCUCGUAAAAGUUCUAGUGGAGAAAGACAAAGUUUUAAAAUUAUGGAAUUUAUUGACUUUGAUGAAAUAAAAAAAGAACAUCAAGAUGUUGAGGAAAUUGAAGAACAAAAGGCUUCCACUAAUUUGCUGACUCAAACUGUUCCUCAAGCAACUACAAACACAUUGACCCAAUCUAAUGGAGGAGGAACAUUUAAUUCAAGCAUUAGUCAGCAACGUCCAAAGCGAAACCGUGCCCGUCGUUUGUAUACUCCUUCGCCUCCACCACGUUUUGGAGGAGAGUCUAAAAGGAAGAGGGAAUCGGAUGAUUCAUUAGCCUCUACUUCAUUGCAAACUUCUUCUAAUCCAAAAAAGAUUUCUUGGGCUAAAGAACAACCUCGUCAAGUUCAUUCUGCUAAUAAACCUCAACAACAACAGCAACCAGAUAAUUUUACUCCUCAUCCUCCUCUUCCAUCACAAUCUUCAUCAUCUCAACAACAAAACAUGGAUUCGACCGUUCCAAAUUCUUCUUCGUCAUUGUCAUCUUCUUCUCAUUUUUCUUCACAUCCUCCACCUAUCGUUAAAUUUGGGCAUUCAAUUCCUCAACCAAUGUCUAAACCGCCAAGUACUUUUGGAUAUUCAAAUCAACAGUCACAAAUGCAAACAGUUCAACAGGCACAACAUGUAGUUGUUUUAUUACGUCAAAAUGAAAAGUUGGCUAAAGAAGUUGCUUCCUUGAAACGUUUAAAUCAGGAGCAACAACAACAAAUUCAAAGUUUAAUAAGUGCUAAUCGUGAAUUAAUUUGGGCAUUUAAUGAAAGUCGAAGAGAACAUGAGGAAUUAAUGAAACAAUUAAAGACUUUAAUGGCUUCUAAUUCUAAUAAAAAUAUUAAUAAUAAUUCAAAUGGGAAUGUUGGCCAACAACAAAUGGGAAAUACUAAUUUUAAUGUUGCUUCUAAUCAAAAUAUGCAACAACAAAAACAACAACCUCCAGUCGUCCCAAAAAUGGAAGUUGUUGUUCCAAGACGUAUCUUAAGCAAAACUAUUACAAAUACAAACAAAUCGUCAUCUGACUUACAACGAAGCGAAAAAAAACUUCAACAAUCUAAUGAAAUUUCAUCAUAUCAACCAACAGUUUUUGCUCUUAGUAAACCUAAAAAAUCAAAAGUUGUUGACAAUAAAACGACUCUUAGAACUUCAGCAAAAUCACAACAAAAACCACCACAGAAACAGCAACAACAACAGAAACCAAAAUUACUUUCCAAUAUUCCUUCUUCUGAACAAAAAAGUUUGGUGAAUUUACCUUCUGUUGAAGUAAAAAAGGAGAGGGAAGAUGUUGGAGAGAUUAUUAAUCGAAUAUUGCCACAAAAUGUUGAACAAAAGAAACGUACAAAAGAAGAAGAAAUUGAAUCUAUUAAAGAAGAAUUAAAUAUUUUAAAAUCUAAUCCUGAUUCAAGCAAAUUUCUUGGACAACGUAGACCUGCAUUUUUUACUCCGAAAGAAUUUGGGGAUUGGCAUUCUGUUGUUAGUGGAGAUUUACGUAAACAACUUGUUUUAAAAAUCUUCCAAGCUUUAUGUCCAGAAGUAACACAAAAAUGUAUUGAUGAUUAUAAUAAAGCUUAUCCAUCACGUGUUGAUUAUAUAAAAAAAUCUGUCAAUUUUUCUUUUGAAACGGAAAAUGAUUUGUUUGUAAAUUCAAAAUCAAAAGAAUUAUAUAUUGGAUUAAUUGCUGAAAAAAUUUUUACAUUACGUGAAGCUAUUUCACGUUUUUCAACGAAUACAACAACAAGUGGUGGAGGGGGAGGAAGUUCUGAUACAAGUAAUGAUGAAAGGCGUAAUUCUAGUGGAAAUAAUAAUGGAAAUGCUAAAAGAAAAUUGGCAGAUGUUUUAAAGAGAACAACAAGAAGUAUUGGAAGUAAUGAAUAAAUUGAAGGGGGAAGAGAAUAGAAUAAAGAAAACAAUUUUUUGAAUUGUUUGUUUUUUGACCAUAUUUUAGUUUUAUUAAAAUUUAUUUGAAAAAAAAUUUUUUUUUGUUUGUAUGAUAUUUUAUUUUUAUUAAUACUUUUUAAGUGUUUUGUUUUUAAAUUAGGAAUUUCGGUUGAAUUUUUUUCUAAAAUUUUUUGAGAUUUUUUUACAGUAUUUUAAAGGAUGAGAUUAUGUAUAUGUUUGGUUUUGUUGUCUGGAUGGUCAUUUUCUAGAUGGUUAUGUUUGGUCUGAAUGUGUUCAUGUUUUGUCUAGUACGAGCUUGGAGAUAUGGGAUAAACAGGAUAAGGUAGUUUUGUGGGAUUUGUUGCUAAUGGAGAGGGUAAAAGGUGUGAAAGUGGAGUUUAG